ACACUGGGAGAGAGGACAUAAAAAAACAGAGACAUAAAGUGUUGAAUCCUGAGGUCAAAGGUCAAGUGUGUGAGUCACAUGGUUGAAACCAGGAAACAGAGAAGUGGAGUAUAUCCAGUCACUUCCCUCAUCUUUAGCGCAGGAACAAAGCGUUUCAGACUUCAGUGAACUGACUUACCAAUGAUGAUAAGAAACCGAGUGGAACAUGAGGUCUCCACCAUUAAGGACUGUCAAAAUGGAAUAUCUAUUGAGCUCUUCCUGCACUUUUCACUCAUACCAGCAGUUGUGAUUGUAGGGGUGCUCUCAUUCCUCCAGAAGAGAGCCCAGAAACUGGCCAUCGAUCACAGAUUGCCCUUCCUGCGGGGACGUUUUGCCAUUGUGGUGCCUUUGGAUACUAUAGGCAGCCUCAGUAAUCGUUGGUCCUAUGGGUUUGCAUUUGGGGCCGUGUCCGCCAGCGUCCUUCUGCUCUUUUCUGAACGUUACAUCCCCUUCUCUGUCCCGGCCUGGGCCCGAGCUAUAGUGUAUCUGGUUGGAGCUUUAGAGGUGGGCCUGGUCUAUUUCCCUUUCUUUGCCUGUCUGUCAACACCUUUCAGAGCAGCUGGGGCAGUUCUGGGAAUAUGCUACUCUUUGGCCUGGAUCGUCGUUACAGUCUGGGAUUCAUUCACCUGUCCCAGUGGUAAGAUUCUAGGUAAAUACCAGAGGUGGAUUGUCCAGUGGCCCUGCAUCCUCUCCCUCAUCUUCCUUUUGGGACGAUUUCUUUACAUGCUGGUUAAAGCUGUUCAAAUAGUGGAACAGGAGGACCCUGAAGAGUUGAUUGAAAAACACCAGAUACAGCAUGUUAAGAGACUGCUGAGGAAAACACCUGCACACAGUAAGACCCUCAGCUGGUUCCAGAGCAGAGUGUAUGAGUGGGACCCUUACUUCAAGUUUCCCAACAGAAUCAUCGGCACUGUCAUCAUAUCCCUUAUAGGCCUGUAUACGUUGACCCUGGUAGACUACAGUCUCAGUAAUGUGGCUUUUGACCAAAUAGACAGGUGGAAGAAUACACUAAAACAGCUGGUUACGUCUUGUAACCAGACUGAAGCUCUCGGAGUCAUGAUACCACAGCUGGAAGAAUUCAUCGACGUGGCUCGGAAGUCUUGGCUAGCUACCACCAUCUUUUCUACUCUCAACUCUGUAGCCUAUUGCUUCCAUGUCUUGGCAUGUUACAGAAAACACAUGAAGAGGCUGUGGAAAGGGCAGAAGGGUUUUCUUCCUGAAAAGUUUCACAACCCUAGAUCUGCUGUCAGUGUAGCUUGCAUUGCAAGAUACUCUGGUUGGCAAAUAGCGUUUACACUGUGGGGCUACCUGAUUGUCCAUUUUAUCUACUUCCUGUUUGCUCUGCUGUUGGUCUAUAUGCUGAUUCUUCCUAUACAGCAUGGAAAAGCACUGAUCAUGCUCACCAACCUGGGUCUUAUACUUCUGACCAUCGGUCUAGUCAUCGGCCUGGUGAUUCUCCAGAUAGUUCUGGUUCAGAUCUUCUUCCUUCAGGACAAAAUGUCUCCCACUGAUAAACAAAAACCUUUGGCCCUUAAUAACAGGAAGGCGUUCCACUGCUUCAACUACUUCUUCUUUUUCUACAACGUGGUGAUGGGGAUCAGCAACUGCAUAAUGAGGUUGCUGUGCAGCAUUGUAGUGGGAACGUGGCUGGUGUCCCGCUUAGACCGGACCAUUAUGCAGAGAGGAUAUGAAACCAUAGAUGCCGGCUACAGCACUUGGAUUGGGAUGAUCUUUGCUGACCACUAUCAUAACAAUCCAGUCAUGGUGUGUUUCUGCCAACUGCUGGUCUCCAACACGCCGGCGAAACACACUGCAUCUGCAUACUCCACAUUCAGCAAUGUGUCAUCUGAAUCCUCUGUGAACAACCGGGUCAGGAGGCGUUGGAUGUUGUUUUAUACCUUACUGAGGAACCCUCAUCUGAUCCUGCUCAGAAAGCACCACCUCUCCUCAUCUUCAUCAGUACACACAUCAUCAUCUCCCCAGUCACACACACUUGUGCAGGCUUGCUUCAUGGCGUCUCAAACACAGAGUCGUCAAGCAGAGUCACAGUCACCACCAGCGAUCAUAGUCACGCCAGCAGAAGACAUUUCCAUUGAUUGUGAUCAUGUUAAAAACAAUAUAGGUUAGAAUCCAAAAUUGUUUGAGUCGUUUGGCGGUGGAUCCCCAUGUGGUAGAAGGAGUACUGUGGUGUUUUCAAUGUCAUUUCAAAAUGUUGAGCACCAACAUCUGACUGAAAAGAUAUAUUCUAGUUAAUGCUCGUCAAUAAUUAGGUCACCAUUCUAUCAGCUCAGUAGACAUUUCAUUUCAUCCUUAGAAAUGUUCUCAUGUUGAAUUUGACUUAAAGAAACUGUGAGAUCAUGUGCCACAAAAUGGUUGUAUAGGUUGAGUUUAAGGGUUUUAAUAAGUGUGUUGUUGUCUGGAAUAUACAAUUGUAUUCACUCUUGAGUUCAGAGUGUUUAUGCCCUGCCUGUAUCUGAAUGGUCAGACCAAAACAUCUGCUGAAAAUGUUUUAACUGCAGUAAAGUCUAGACCAGGGGUGUCAAACUCAAUUUCACUAAGGGCCACACUGGAAAUGACGAUCACAAUAAGGGCCAAACAUGUUGAGUUUAUUGACAUGCUUUUAUUUAACAAAA